GUAUCUGUGGAGCAUCAGUAGUGUUGUGGUGGUGGAGUCCUCAGGGGCCUCCCUCGCCUCUCCUCACACACUCUUUCUCUUCUCUUGUUCACACCUACUUACUCUUAUACUCGAGGAUAUACGCCAGUCAAAGAAGAAAUUAGCCUGAUAUAGUUAAUUCCGUCCUUAAGGUCCGACGCCGGGAUGGGGUCCGUCUGGAAGAGGUUCCAGCGUAUCAACAAAAAAGCGGCCAAAUUUCAGUUCACAGCCUCGUAUCAUGAAUUAGCUCUCACUGCAACAGCAAAAUGGCAGCCGACGCAGCUGAGCGUGGUGUGGCUGCGUCGGACGCGGCGGGUGGCGCAGGAGGCGCCGUCCUGGGAGCCCUCCAUGAGGAACCCGCUGGAGGGCCUCUGCGUGUGGGCCGUCCCCGCCAACAUCGCCAUCACCGUCACCCUCUUCAGGGACAACCGCACCAACGAGUUCGAGGACAAGGAGUGGACUUUUGUCGUCGAGGACGUGUCGUCGUCGGGUAAGCGGCGACAGGUGGCGACGGCGCUGAUCAACAUGAAGCAGUAUGCAGGGUUCAGCGCCCAGCACGACGUCAAGGUCAAGCUACGACCCCUCAGCAAGAAGGUCAUCUCAGCCUCCCUUGACCUCACCUUAUCCUGCCUCUUUCUUCGCGAGGGCAAAGCCACGUUGACAGACUCAGGCGAGCGUCGCCGGACUUUGGAGGACCGUCAAGCUCUCCAGCCCCUGCACCUCCACCCCCCACACAUGGGACCUUCUAAAGGAGGUGGUGAAGCAGGAGGAGAAGAAGGAGGAGGAGGAAGAGAGAUAGAAGGUAAAGAUGCACUUGGAGAAGGAGGAGGGUGCACCCCGGGUCAGGACUUGCUGUCAUGGUGCCAAACAGUAAGUCGAGGCUACAAGGGAGUCAAGAUCACCAACAUGACCACUUCCUGGAGAAAUGGGCUUGCCUUCUGUGCCAUCGUCCACCACUUUAGACCUGAUCUUAUAGAAUUUGACAGCCUGUCUCCACAAGAUGUGAAGGGUAAUUGUAAAAAGGCAUUUGAAGCUGGUGAGAGAUUAGGAGUUACUCGUCUGAUUGAGCCACAAGACAUGGUUAUACUCACUGUGCCUGAUAAGUUAGCUGUCAUGACCUACCUAUAUCAACUCAGGGCUCACUUUACAGGGCAUGAAUUGGAAGUUGCGCAAAUUGGAGACACUGCAGCCGAGUCUUCGUACACCAUUGGCCGACUAGAUAUUAAUUCAGGCGAUGAUGACAUUCUCAAUCUCCGAUCUCAUGAUGACAACUGUAAUUUGCAACGGCUCUCCUCCCACCUCAGUACACCUGGAGACAAUGAAAAUGACAACAGAUCAGUGGAAGCCAGAAUACGACGGACAUCUGAAUCAAGUCAAAGUUCUCAAAAAUCUAAUACUACCAGUUCAAGCAAAAGAAAGAGUGGAGACUAUGGCUCUGAGAAGGAUGGGAGCAACAUUGUCUCGCCUCCAUCAGCAAAGGAGCGGCUUUUGGCUUCAUCCAAGUCUAUUACUUCCGAGAUCUUCAAAAUUGGUACAAAAGUCCUCUCACCCACUCGUGAAAAACUUGCCAAAACAGAAAAUAGAAACUCUACAGCAUCAUUAAGUAGCAACAGCAGCAGUGGAGAGCGGCCUGUGUUGAUGACACACAAGCAACUCGUAGACCCAUUUGCCUCUGAUGAUGAGGAGGAUUUCACAUCUCCUGCAGGAACUCAAGACCACCGACCAAACAGUCCCCAAGGCAGUAAUGAGAAUGAAGAUGUUUCCAAGAAAGAGAACAGAAAAUCAUUAUCCCCUAAAUCCUCAAUUAUUUCUCCAGGGGAAGAGACUGGGUCUAGGAAUGGAACAACCGUGGGGCCCCAGGAAGGGUCCCCAGUUGAUUCUCGACUUGGAUCCAUUGUUCACGAGGUUCCCGGACUCCUCGACCUUUCCCCUACUCGGAGAGAUCAGGUGGUGAUGAGAGAAAGACAAAGUCCUGUUAAAAAGACUCAUGGGAUUAAGACAGCCGAAAGAAUUCCAGUCACAGAAGGUAUAGCAGCGACGGAAUGGACGAAAGUGACUGAUGAUGGCAUUCGACAGAUUGAUUCUUUAACAGUUAGUGAUAAUAACAUAAAUCUUGAGAAACAAUAUAUGGAGGUUUCUGAUAAGCCAGGAGAAAACUUCGCAUCCACUCAUGCUGUGAGUGAUGGGGUCAAACCACAAAUUUUAUCAUCUAAUGAUAAAUCAUCCACAUGUAGACACACCUCUCAAGGCACAUUUAGAGAUCAGUGUAUACUUGACGAACUUGCAAAAAAUCCUGUUUGCAUUUCUUCUCAGUCUGCAUCAAAAACAGAUCACAGUAGACAGGAUUCUGUAGCUUCCUUUUCUGGAGGAACAUCACCUGAAGAGGAUGAUAUCCUGUUCAUGGCCCAAGUUUCUGGAAUUUCUCCUCUUGAAGAGAGUGAUAAGGCAGCACUCCACCUGCUACUGACAAAGCGUCCUUCAUCUCGACAUGAAGAACUUAAAGAGCGAGCAAGACAUUUAUUAGAACAGGCCAGACGAGAAGCUCAGAGUCGUCCUGGACCUCAGCGAUCUCUCUCAAAGGAAGAAGAAGAGCGGCAAGCACAACUUCGGGAGCGUGCACGUCGCCUCAUAGCUGAAGCCAAACAGGGAGUGGUCUCUCCUCCCUUGAUGAAAUCUGCUUCCCACAGUCAUUCUCAUGACCACUCUCAUGAUGAUGAUGAUGAUGUUGAUGUGAAUGAAGAAUAUCCUGUAGGAACAGUCUCAUCUGGCAGUGAGGAAAAUGGCAAUAUUAUCUCGACAUCUAUUAGAGACGAAAGAAAAAUGGCUUUAAGCAGUUGUACAAGUGUAGGUACAACAACCAGUACAUCCUCCAGCACAGUGUUAGCACCCUCUGCCUUCCCUACCACCAUGUCUCCAGUUGAAGUACAAUCCUCAUCUGCCUUGCCACCAACGUGGAACACAGGAGGAACUAUAGGUGGUAACAAUGAGGGUGUUAGAGAAUUUCGAGCUCCCAAGCUACAAUCAUUUAAAAAUAUUAUGGAUAGAAUGUCUCCUGAUAAAGAAAGCACACUGCAUUCUCCAAGAGCCUCUCCAGAUAAGCAAACAUGUGAAAGUAGCCGUUACUUACAAAAUGAAUUGGAGUCUCUUGAGAGAGAGCAACACCAGAUUGAUGAACAAGCUGCCAAACUUGAGAAAAGACUAAGAAAAAUCAUGGAACUCAGUACUCGAAGUGAGGACGAGGAGCGACUGAUGCAGCAGUGGUUCACACUGGUCAAUAAGAAGAAUGCUCUCAUACGACGGCAGAUGCAGCUCAACAUUCUGGAGAAGGAGGAGAACUUGGAGCGCAGGUUCGAGCUGCUGAACAGGGAGCUGCGAGCCAUCCUGGCCAUCGAGGACUGGCAGAAGACGGAGGCGCAGAAGCUGCGGGAGAAGCUGUUGUUGGAGGAGCUGGUCACCAUCGUUAACAAGAGAGACGAACUGGUCAUCCACCUGGACAACCAGGAGAGAGCCAUCGACGAGGACGAGCAGAUCGAGCAUGACGUGUCGAGGGCGAGCAUCAAGGCGCAGGAGAAGUGCGCCCUCAUGUAGGCGUUGGUCAAGGUCCACCUCAACCCUUCACCCUUCAAGUACAAGGGAUUGUCAGACACGGAGCGGCCUGCCUCAGCACCACCUUGGGGAGAAACACACACGUUGCUCAAGUGCACUCCCAAAACAGAACUUUAGAUAACAAAUAGAGUGCGUCAAGGUGACAGAGUAUCCUCCCCCCCCCCCUCCGGCCCCCCCAUCCCCCCCCCCCCCCCUUCCCUCCCUCCCUCCCCGUCUCAGGAGACGUUUGUGCCCACCUCAAGACUUGUAAACUACAAGCUGUGUUAUCUUUGUCGAAACAACUUUAUACCAGCCUACUGUAGUAGACACUUUUACAAGUUUGACUCUUUUGUUUUGUACCAUGGCAAAUAUUUGUUAUAAUGACGCGUGUUUAAUGUAUUAUACUAGUUGAGAGUAUUAUAUUGAUUUCAGGAUCUUGUUUUGACUCAAAUUAUAUAUAACUUUGCUGCAGGCAUUAUACUACAUUAUAGGUAUCAAGUGAUACUCGGUAUUUUUUGUUUCACGUAUAAUGUGUUGUGUGUGUGUGUGUGUGUUCCAUGAUACCUUAAGGUACAUGAUAUGUACCUUAAGCCACGUGUACUACCAUUGCUUUGUUAUAGCAGGUGUGUGAAGGUGUGUGCUGGGAAGCUUGCACUUAGCACCCACGGCCAGGUCUCACCUUGCCCUCCAUGUAUUUGUCUAUAUAUUGUACUGUUUCUAGGCCAAAUAAACAAUAUCACUUUCA